AUGAAGAUCAGAGGAGUUUGGGCCCACAACUUCCAUCAAGAACUGUCUCAAUUCGACCACUGCCUGCAUCGCUUCCCCGUCAUCUCUUUUGAUACCGAAUUUCCAGGCUUUCUCCGAGACACUCCCCGAGACGCACUCGAAGAUCAACGUUACGAAGAUGUCAAAUUCAAUGUUGAAUCCCUCAAAUUGCUCCAGUUGGGAUUCACUCUGUCCGACGCCCAUGGCAACAUUGGGGGAACUUGGGAAUUCCACUUGUCUGGGUUCAAUGAGAAAUCUGACCCUCAUGUUGUCGCUUCCAUUUCUCUACUCAAAAGGAACGGUCUUGAUUUUGCGAGACUUGGGCAAUUUGGGAUUUCUGUUACGGAGUUUGUGUUCGGGUUUCUGCGUGUCCUUAGAAUCCACAGAGGGUUGCAUGAUUUAACAUGGGUUUGCUUUCAUGGCCUUUAUGACCUGGCCUAUUUGCUCAAGCUCUUGACCCAAAAGCCUCUGCCCGAUUCAGUGGUGAUGUAUGCUAAGGCUCUUGGUGUAGUUUUUGGCACCAUUUAUGAUGUCAAAUUCAUGGCUCGCUACUGCCGGGGAUUCUUUGGCGGUGAAAUUGGAUUGGCAAGGGUGGCCAAGCUUCUUGAUGUGGAGCGUUCCGGUGAAGCUCAUCAAGCGGGUUCUGACAGUUUGUUGACUGCUGCUGUGUUCUCCAAGAUGAACGCAACGUUUAGGUCUGUGGCUGGGAUGUCUCAAGGCUGCUUGUAUGGAAUUAGCCCAACAAUCGUGCGAUAUUGGCAGCCCGCUCCUGUGAUCCUCCGUCGCCCUUGCUUUCCUGUUGCAGCACCUCAUGUCUACGGUGCUCGUCUCAUUCAUAGUCCUAUUCUUCCCACUUAUGCUGCAAACUCAAUGGUGUUGCUUACAAGUUCAAAGCUUUCUGCACUAAGAGCAGUAAGAAGUGUCUUGAUUGUAUACACAGAUGAUGUUCUGGCAGCUCAAUCUUAUGUUUCUUCUCUCGGCAGUGGAGAAAUGCUUAUUACUAAUGGAUUUCUCUCAUCUCUGAGACUCUUGUUUGCUACUUGGACGGUAGUCAUUACAGAUAUGGUUCAGUCUUUACGAGACAGUUCUGCUUGUUCUGAUGUUGUGGAGAAUACCUCAGGCUCAGCAGAGAAACUUCUCUUACUGAUCUUUAAAGAAACUGAGCACACUCUCAUUCUGAUGUGCAUGCUAGCAAAACAUUGGAAUUCAUGGGUUAAGGCCAUGAAAGAAAUGGACUCCCAGCUAAGAGAGAAAAGUAUCCAUCUUUUGGCCUUUAUCAGACGGGGAACUCAACACCUUGGAGAAUCUUCUAGUCUUAAUGCUCCUCUUGUAUGUCCUCCUAUCCUUAAAGAGGAAUUCAAUGGCUGCAAGAAACCAUUGUUUGUCGACAGUAGAAGCGGAUGGUUUGCCCUUUCACCAUUCAGUUGUGUGUCAAAAUCAAAAUUCUCUGCCGUCUCUACCACAACUGCGCUGGCUAUUAAAACUCAAUCAACUGAAAAUAGUGUGUCUCAGUCAUACUUAUCCGACACUAUUGUCCUUCAGAUCUACAGAAUUACUUUUCUUCUUUUGAAGUUCCUCUGUUUACAAGCUGAGGGUGCUGCUAGAAGGGCAGAGGAGGUGGGGUUUGUUGAUCUUGACCAUUUUACUGAGCUUCCAAUGCCUGAAAUCUUACAUGGCUUACAGAUAAGAUGA